UUAAAUUCGUUAUCAGUUCACAGACUACAGAAUUGAGAAUUACGUGUGUAGAUUCAAGCUCUGUGAAUCUGAGAAGUAAUCCUGCUUUGGCGUAAAAUUUGUGAAAGAGCUGAACUUCGGAGCAUUCGCGAUGGAAAUGGUGGAGACUGAUCCACUAGUAUCUGUGAAGCAAGAGAUCGAGUAUGUAUGCGUUGAGCAAGAAUCUCCGGAUGUGCAGCAGUGGGAGGUGCCUAACGAUUGGAAUGAUGUGCAGGAUCCACUAAGCAUCGAUAAAGAGGAAUGUCCAUCUUCAGAAGACCACCUUAUGUCCAGCACAUUCAAUAUUGUCAAAACGGAGUAUGAGGAUGAUGAGGGCCACACAGGGAGGAAUGAUGGUGGGGAGGAUUAUUCAUCAGAAAACUUCAUCAGAUGUAGCACAUUCAAUAUUGAGAAGACUGAGGGCAAGGAAGAUGAGGAGGCAGUGAGAGAGGACCACAUGGAGGAGCUCAAACAUGAAGUAGAAUCGACAAGUAGUGGCAGUGAACCCAAAAGUACUGUUUCCAUUGGUGCGGAGGAUGACAAGAGUAAUGAUGACAGCAGCUGUUUGGUUACCAACAUUUCCCUGGCUGCAGGAACAGGCAACAGGGAACAAUGCACGACAACGGAGGAAGCAUGUUGUGGAAAUAAAAGUGGUAUAAUGCCUAUGGGACACGGAUGUACCAUCUGCAAGAAGACGUUUGCACAGUUGCAGGAAAUGAGGGAGCACACACACGUGGACAGACGUGAACGUCUACGUUCGUGCAGUGUGUGCAACAAAACAUUCACAACAGGCGCCAAUCUAAAGAGACACUUCAGAGUGCACACUGGUGAACGCCCAUUCAGCUGUAGCGUUUGCAACAAGACGUUCAUACAAAAUGGAGAUCUGAAGAAGCAUUCGUGGUUGCACACUGGCGAACGCCCAUUCAGCUGCGGGGUUUGCAACAAGACAUUCGUACAAAAUAGUGACCUGAAAAAGCAUUCACGGUUGCACACUGGUGAGCGCCCCUACAACUGUGAAUUCUGUCAUAAGAGAUUCAGAAACAUGAGCAACUUGAGGGAACAUUCGCGAGUGCAUACUGGUGUAAAACCAUACAACUGUAACAUUUGUCAAAAGAAAUUCUCGUAUGAGAGCAACUUGAGAAAACACUUACUGCUUCACAUGAGGAAAUGCCCAAAUACUUGAGAAAUGUUUCCAAAGACAUUCACAAUGAGCUGCAAUGGGAUAAGAUGUCAGUUUCGCACACAAAUCACAUCAGCACAGCCUAUAAAUAUACUUUAAACAGUUGUCGAUGUGAUUGUAUCAUAAGAAGUUCUAGAGCAGAAAUGGCUUACCAGUGUGUGAAAUUUCUCAUCCGGUAUGUUCAUAUGUCUGCUUGUCCUGUAGGGUCAUGAGAAAUAGCGAUAAAGUUUUGAUUAUCACAUAUAAAAAUAAAGUUGUGUAAUUAAUGUGGUGUUUGCAUGUAAUGCUGUUGUUCAGAACGGUUAUAGCCUUUUCUUUACAAUAUUGCAAAUUUGUUACUGGCUUUGUAAUAUUAGAUAUCUGAUUUUACUCCAGCAUGAGACGUGAACAUGGGUAUUGAUGUAAAUGAAAUAUCAAAGUUUAGCUCCAAAUUACUAUUGACACUACACUUCCAAACAAAACAGUUCAACAAAUCCAGAAGCCAUUUGUUCUAAACAACCAAAACGUGGCCCACAUAUGACACAACUACAUACGUACCAUUUCUUGUAUGCUUGGUCGUAACACUUUAGAAAUAAAGAUAGGCAGGUUAAGAUGAUUACCAUAGUUCCUGAUUGUAUCUUCAAGACACACAUACCAAAUAGGUCCACUGUAUAUGACUGAAUGCUACGUAUUAACUGUAGGACCUUGUAGCAGCUGAAAGGAACCUAUGACCAAAUUUCCUCAUAUGCUCAGACCUUGCAAGUGUGCUGUGGUCACUGCGCGAUAUGCGCCCAGAAGAUAGAACCAUCCAAUAAAACCCAACACGUUGAUAUGUCAAGUUUAAAAUCAAAAAUUUAUAGCUCUUAACUGAGAGAAGUACAGUAGGAGCUAUUAAUUAAGUGACAUAGUCUCUUCUACUACAAUUUAAGAAUGUGGCGUUUGCUUAGUUAAUGCAACAACAUUUGUCCAUCACUUUCAACUGAAGUACCAGUAGCACGUAUUGAUGUUGAGGUGUCACUAUCUUAGCAUUGGCAGUUCAGUUUAUAAUUGUGCUUGAUGUUUUGAUAUAAGAGUGGUGUGAAGAUUUUUUAGAAAUGAACUUUCCACUUUAGGUGAUAAUGACACGUGUAUGAAGAGGUUGUGCAAAUCUGUAUCACUGUGCAUCUUGUUGGAAAAGAGAUUUCAUUAUGUCUCAGAAUUGUUGAGUCAUAUUCAAUUUCCACAGUGAUCAGCUACUGGUAACUAACUCAUUGUUUUGGUCAUUUUGCAGCAUUUCAUGUUACAUAUAUAAUUACUAAGAUUAGGUAAUUUUUGACAGAAGUGUGUGUGUGUGUGUGUGUGUGUGUGUGUGUGUGUGUGUGUGUGUGUGUGUGUGUGUGUGUGUGCGUGUGCGUGUGCGUGUGCGUGUGUUCAAAUAGUACCAUUAAAAUUCGUUUCCCCUUAGGUCAUCAGCAGUUAGCCUAGUCCUUACUCAUGGUUACUGCUAAGUCAGUUUUGAAAUUUCAGGCUUUGCUGCAACAAAAUGUAGAAAUGCUUGUGGUACUUUGGCACUUUUGCAUAUCUCUAGCUAAAAUACGUAACAAAGUUUAUUUUCUGUGUGAAACGGCUGUAACAAGUGUCUUUCACCAAAAUGAAAUAAACAAAUAAUCUAAAAAAA